AUGUCUGCGAAGUAUAUGCAUGGCUUAUCAGACGAAAACCCAGAUCUGCAGAAGCAAGUUGGAUGCAUGAAUGGCAUCUUUCAACUGUUUGACCGCCACCAUUUCUUGGGUGGCAGCAGCCGUAUCACCAGCCAAAACCACAAGAGGCUUCUAUCAGGUCAAAACGGAAGCCAUGUGAAUGGGAUAGAGCCCAAAGGAGCCCCACAAAGGAAGACCAGGGAAAAGAAUCCCAAGGGCUUGAAAGAGAAACACACAACCUCCACCGAAUCAUCAAGAAGCUCAUUUUCAUCUUCCCCAUGUUCGUCCAGUAUCUCAUCUCUUGAAUGCAGUAAAGCAUCUCAGCUAGAACCAUCUUCAUUCAAGCAAAAUGUCGUCCCAAAAAACCAUGCUUGGGACUCACACAGGUACCAACCAAAUGGCUCUUUGCAGUCAAGCCAACAAUCUCUUGAUCUUCGGGAUGCUGUCAAAGACUCGAUCCACAGAGAAGCCCGUGGCAUAUCAGUCAAAACUUCAACCAAAAGAGAAGCUGGGGGCCAAACCUUGAAAUACAUAGAUUCCCCGAGACCAUUACGUUACUCGAACUCUGUCGAUCCCAAAGUUCCUGCUCCAAGGGAAUCAUUUAGAGUUCGUCAUAAGCUUCAAGAAGCACCUUCCAAAUCCAGUGAAGGGAAGAAUGAUUCCUUAACAGGUGGACUGAAGGAUGCUCGUAGGUUUUCUUGUGAUGGAAGGGAAUCAAGAGACACAUUGAAGUCUACCAUAAAGCUCAAGGAGCUCCCCAGGCUGUCAUUGGACAGUAGAGCAGGCUCCAUAAGGGGUUCCAACCCUGAAAUGAAAUCAAAUUAUCUUUUAAGGGAUUUGGAGAGGGUGGAUGGGAACUCCAACAGUUUCCUAAACAACCAACAGGAUCCAGGAAGCAAUAAACGACCGUCUAGUGUAGUGGCCAAGUUGAUGGGACUAGAAGUUCUACCAGAUCCCAUGUCAACUAGUGGGAACCAAACAAUGCAGAUCAAAUCCCACCUAGAUGAAGAAAACAAGUUCCUGCGGUCAUCAAGAACAACUGAUUUGGACAAACAAAAUCGAAUUUCUGGUUCCCCAAGAAAUUCGCACAAGGAACCCACCUCACCCAACCAGAGAAAUGCUGCAUCAGUCAAGAAGCACACUGCAACCUCAAAGUUUCCAAUAGAGCCAGCUCCAUGGAGACAGCCAGAUGGAAGCAGAGGUUCUCAAACACUGGCUUUGAAGAAUCGGGCAACUCUAACAGAAGUCCCCUGCUCCUCUCUUUCUGUUUAUGGUGGAAUAGAGAAAAGGUUGGCACAACUUGAGUUCCAAAAGUCUGGAAAGGAUCUAAGAGCUCUCAAGCAAAUACUUGAAGCAAUGCAGAAAACUAAGGAGAUAUUAGGGACCGGAAAAGAAGCUUUGAGUUUUGAAACUCAGACAAGCAUUGCUAGCAGUCUUGAUCAGAGCUCAAAGUUGGCAAAUUUGCAAGACCUACAGAGCAGCGCCAUUUCCGUCCCUACAAAGGGGGCAGUUCCCCAAGGAACUUUAAAUCUUCAAUUGUGA